GCCUCCGCCCCUCUCCCCGCGCACACACACCGCGGGGUUUCCCUUUCCGGGCCCCGGAGAGGUGGGGCUGAGGUGGGAGCAUGAGGUUGUCGCUGGCUGCCGCGAUCUCCCACGGCCGCGUCUACCGCCGCCUGGGCCUCGGUCCCGAGUCCCGCAUCCAUCUGCUACGGAACUUGCUCACGGGCCUAGUUCGCCACGAACGCAUCGAGGCGACAUGGGCACGCGCGGACGAGCUGAGGGGCUAUGCGGAGAAGCUCAUCGAUUAUGGAAAGCUGGGCGACACGAACGAACGGGCCAUGCGAAUGGCUGACUUCUGGCUCACUGAGAAGGACUUGAUCCCAAAGCUGUUUAAAGUGCUAGCGCCUCGGUUCCAAGGUCAGAAUGGGAACUACACAAGAAUGCUACAGAUCCCGAAUCGGAAGGAGCAAGAUCGGGCCAAGAUGGCGGUGAUAGAAUAUAAAGGGAACUACCUCCCUCCCCUGCCUCUGCCUCACAGAGACAGCAACCUUACUCUCCUAAACCAGCUGCUCCUGGGACUGCAGCAGGACCUGCACCAUAACCAGGAAGCAAGCCUCCACAGCUCCCGUACAGUUCAAACACCAAAGACUUAACUAGAGCUGGAGAGUGCAUAGGUGUGGUGCCCAUGUUAAUGGGUCUUGGAGUUCUUGUAGUGUAAGGCCUGGAAUUAGCAUUAUAAAGCCCCCUCAUCAUGAGGCCCAGACCUCCCUGCUGACUCACAAGAUCCUCUUUGCACAGGAGAUAAAAGUCUUGAUAUGAAUAUAAGAUAAUGAUUUUCUUGUCCUUCCCUAGGAUUUAUGGAAAGUAAGAGGCAUCCAGAUGUUCUCCUAAGACAGUAAAUUCACAACUUAGGUUCUGAAUUCUAGGUCUAGUUUUGCUUGUUUGUUGGAGGGGAGGGGAUCUUGCUGUGUAAUCCAGGCUGUAUCCAUCAUGCAGCAGUCUUCCUGUCUCUGUGUUCCCAAGUGUUCACCACCACACAGUGCCAGUUUGGUUUUGGUUCUUCUGAGACAGAGUUUCUUUGACUGUCUUGCAACUCUCUUUGUAGACCAGGCUGUCCUUGAACUAAGCGAUCCACCUGCCUGUGCCUCCUGAAUACUAGGAUUAAAGGUGUGGGGCACUACCUACUGGCUCAUUUUGCUUCCUGUAUCUCUUGAUUUCAAACCAUCUUCCUAUGGUGAUUUGUUCACAUCCAGCAUAGAGGCCCAUGGUUGGGAUUCCUUUUUUGUUUGUUUUUUUUUUAUAUAAGUUAUACAUGAGAAUCUUUAUGAAUCCUGUGAGACUAGGUUUCACCUUGGCAUCUUCAUACAUGUCUACCAAUGUCUUGACCAUGCUUACCACCACAUAUAUGCACCCUAUUGUCCUGUCUAUUUCAACUAGUCCCCCUUCCACUUCAUGUCUUUUUAUGUGUAUGAUUGUAUCCUGGAGAGUUUCAUUAGUCCUGCUUACAGGAGCAUGUAUGUCUUACCACUGAAGGAAAUUUCCCUCCCUUAGCAACCAUUAACUGCCUAUCCAUUCACAAGGAAGGGUGCAGCCACCUGAGCUUCUUCCCCCUUCUUGACAGGAUUUUGACAGGCUACUAUGAGAGCAAGCAUUCAGUCCCAAGAGAUUGCUUCCUGAUAACUAGCUGUGUGAACCUCUGUACAGAAGUCUUCAAAUAAUGUGGUACCCCUAAAACUGAGAAUUGUUUCUAGGCAAGGUCACAUGUGUUUCACUCAAUGUCUGAGUGGGUUUUGAAUGUGGACUCAAAUAGAUGUAUCACCACCCUGAUCAUAGAUAGGGCUGUAGGCAUCUGCCAGGAUGUUAGCCUUCCGGAUAAGUUCCUUCCUCUUAGUAGAGGGUGUGAAGAGGAAGGUUGAUAGAGUGAUGCAUUAGAAAGUUAAGCCUGCUGGGAAUUUCCUGGAAGCUUUUGUUGCCAAAAGUGGACCUCUGUGGGAACCCAGAAAGAGGAAAUCCUGUUUCAGAAUGGCCAGGGUAUGUGAGAAGCAAGGAGCUUAUUUAUAUCCACUAAAUAUGGAUAUGACCAAUCCUGGCUGCUGUUUUGUAUGUUUAGAGACUUGACCAGGGAGUCAUAGAAGUUCUGGACAAUUAAUGCAGCACCUGAAGGUAGAAGGUCACUGUGGAAGCAGAAGUGACACACUAUUCUAAGACUGUUUGCCCUAUAGCUGCCUACACUAAAUCACCUGCUCCCCGCAGAGCUGUCCCUCUUCUGCAUAGAACUUGACAUGGUUUUUGUAAAUCUUUAUCCCUUUUUCUAUCUUUUGAGCAUUUAUCAGUUAGAUGCCUGAGUCAUGACUUGUUCUAGGAAAAGCCCUCCCCUUAAAACCAAAUCUUUGAAUACUUUGCAACAGGUAAAAUAUGAAAGGACUCUUCAAGAUUUUCCUUUGAACACCCACCAUUUGGAGCUUUAAUAUUUCUUUAAAUGUUUUAUACUUCUUUAUUGGGUAGGAAGGAUACAUGUAUCUCAGAAUGCAGAUAGAGAGAGGUCAGAGGAUAGCUUUCCCAAGUUGUUCUUUCAACCUGUGGUUCCUAAGUGUGGAAGUCAGGUCAUCAGACUUAGUAGCAAGUGCCUUCUGAGCUGUAUCUCUACCCCUUCUAUAUGUAUUCUUUAAGCAUCUUAUCAUCUCCAGCAUCACCUUACAUACUAGAGAUUGCAUGCUUCAAGAAUAUUUGCUGCCGGGCAUGGUGGCACAUGCCUUUAAUCCCAGCACUUGGGAGGCAGAGGC